UGAGGACUCAAAAGACAUUUCUUUUUAAAUAUAUGAAUCUUUCACAGUCGUUUGGAUUGAAUAAUGACGGCCCUGAACAAACAUUUAUUCCUUGAUGGAAUUGAACUUGAAACACUUUUCUGUUUAGUUAUUUUAUUUGCUUGUAACUUUACUAAUAACGACUAGUUUGUGACCAAUACUCUCUUGUAGUCAUUGUGAAACUAGUGAUGUUGCAUAUGUUUACUGUGGUUAGUUACAAAAUAGUGCUGGAAUAAAAAAAAAGGAAAAGAAAGAAGUCUCCGUCCCAAAACCUAGUAAGCUGCCUACCUGGACAGCAUUAUAAGUCUAAACUUAAUGUGCCCACAAAAUAGUAGGUGUUACUGGGCAUUAUAAGCUUCACAUGUAGCAUUUUGGGCAUGGAUAAGGUCCAAACCUAGUUUGCUUCCUACCUAGACUGCAUUUUGAGUAUGACAGGCAUCAUCCGAAGCUGCAGUUUGACUCCCAGCAAUGCUGCCCAGAUAGGCAGCUUACUAGGGUUUAAGACAGCGCCUCUUGUUUGGGCGAGAAAGUGCAAAAGGGACCCAGCCCCCCGUCCGACGUGUCUUGUGUUGUUGCCCUGCUGUAGUCGCAUGAGUUCAUUGCAGACUGCGAGGAUGGAGAACUACAAGCAGUUUCUCGUUGUCUUCACUCUGGCUCUGGCGCUCGGGUUUGUGGCGAUCGCGGUCGCUUUAACGUGGGUUUUACACUUCAGAGAGGGGCUCGGCUGGGACGGAGGAGCGGCGGAGUUUAACUGGCACCCGUUGUUAAUGGUGAUAGGCUUUAUUUUUCUUCAGGGAGUCGCAAUUGUAGUGUACAGGCUGCCAUGGACCUGGAGGUGCAGCAAGCAGAUGAUGAAGCUUAUCCAUGCAGGGCUGAAUGUUCUCGCCUUCAUCUUGGCUGUCAUUUCUGUGGUGGCUGUGUUUGAUUUCCACAAUGCAAAGAACAUUCCCAAUAUGUACAGCCUGCACAGCUGGAUUGGCCUGGCUACUGUCAUACUCUACCCAACACAGAUAGUUAUGGGCAUUGCCGUCUAUCUGAUACCUGCAACUCCAGUGUACGUGCGUGCUGCUCUCAUGCCUGUACACAUCUACAGCGGCCUGUUCAUCUUCACCAGUGUUAUAGCCACAGCUCUCAUGGGCAUCACAGAGAAACUCAUAUUUAGCCUGAAGAGCCCUGCUUAUAAAGAAUCUCCACCGGAAGCUGUUUUGGUAAAUGUUCUUGGGCUGCUCAUUGCUGCAUUUGGUGGUCUUGUUCUCUGGAUUGCAACUCGCCCCUCUUGGAAGAGGCCGAGAGAAGAAAUCACACAAGGCGUGAGCAAUAACAGCUCAAGCCCAGAGGGCAUCAAAGUGGGAACUGCCAUGACCUCAAGAACCGAGCAAGAAUCCAGCCUCGAGACACGCAGACGCAACGGAAAAGCAGAAGAGUCUGGAUAAACACAGAGUUUUGAAACAAGUUUGUGGAUUUUAGUUCAUUUAAUCUCAAAGAAAAAAUAUCUUAAAUUGUGUUCCGAAGAUGAACGAAGGUUUUACGGGUUUGGAACGAUAUGAG